CAAGAGUUCAGAGGCAAAUGGGUGCCUGGGGCUGGGCUCGUAUGACACUCCCACAGCUGAGUUUCUAUUGGUGCAAUUCAGACUGCCUCCUGAGUUGGUUUAUGUGUGAGGAGUGAGUGAUUGACUUUAUCAGUCCAAGGACAUUACUCUGUUGGAGAGGGUGAACAGUUUCCCGGAUUUCCACAAGCAAAAGGAAUAAAAGCAAACUUAUUUUUAUCAUUGCUUCUGCAUGAACUGUAUCCUGUGCUGACCAAUCAAUAGGUCUGACUGCUCAGGUUCAUUCAUGACGAUGCUGCUGGAUGGAGGACCUCAGUUUCCCACCCUGGGAGUUGGUGGGUUUGGGACAACUCGCCAUCAUGAAAUGUCCAACCGAGAUGCUGGCAUGGGGCUUAAUCCGUUUGCUGAACCUUCACAUGCUGCAGCGUUUAAGCUGAGUCCAGCCAGUCAUGAUCUCUCAUCAAGCCAGAGCUCAGCUUUUACCCCACAGGCAUCCGGAUAUGCCAAUGCGCUUGGGCACCAUGCUGGGCAGGUACCAUCUUAUGGCGGCGCUGCCUUUAACUCCACAAGAGAUUUUCUUUUCCGAAAUCGGAAUUCUGGACUUGGAGAUGCCUCCUCUCCAGGUGGUCAGCAUGGACUUUUUGCUAGCCAUGGCCCCCCUGGAAUCGCUGAACCCCCAGGACACCUGAUCUUCCCAGGGCUUCAUGAACAAAGCUCCAGUCACACUUCGCCCAACGGACAUGUGGUCAAUGGGCAAAUGCAUUUAGGUCUCAGAGGCGAUAUUUUUGGACGUCCAGAUCCUUACAGAGCUGUGCCCAGCCCCAGGACUGAUCAUUAUGCUGCAGCCCAGUUCCACAACUACAAUCACAUGAAUAUGAGUAUGAAUGUGGCUGCUCACCAUGGCCCAGGGGCAUUUUUUAGAUAUAUGAGGCAACCUAUCAAACAAGAAUUAUCAUGCAAGUGGCUAGAGGAAUCACCGAUGAACCGCCCGCAGAAAUCCUGCGACAGGACAUUUAGCAGCAUGCAUGAGCUGGUUACACAUAUGACAAUGGAACAUGUUGGGGGACCAGAACAAACUAAUCAUAUUUGUUACUGGGAGGAAUGUCCCAGAGGAGGUAAAUCUUUUAAAGCAAAAUACAAACUGGUUAAUCAUAUAAGGGUGCAUACAGGAGAAAAACCAUUUCCCUGUCCAUUCCCUGGAUGUGGGAAAAUCUUUGCACGCUCAGAAAAUCUAAAAAUCCACAAAAGAACUCAUACAGGUGAGAAGCCGUUUAAGUGUGAGUUUGAAGGAUGCGAUCGACGGUUUGCAAACAGUAGUGACAGAAAGAAGCAUAUGCACGUGCAUACAUCAGACAAACCAUACAUCUGCAAAGUGUGUGAUAAGUCCUACACGCACCCUAGCUCUCUAAGGAAACACAUGAAGGUACAUGAAUCUCAAGGGUCUGAUUCAUCCCCAGCUGCCAGCUCAGGUUAUGAAUCUGCUACCCCCCCAGCAAUGGUUUCUGCCAGUAGUGAAGAAUCUUCUAAAACUACUUCAGCAGUAAUUCAGACUAACAACAACACUCACAACCCAGGAUUACUUCCACCCAAUUUUAACGAGUGGUACGUCUAAUAAAAAUAAUGUAGAAAGGCACAAUCACGCUCAAUUAAGGACCAAAUGAAACAAAGUGACCAAGAUGGUUGUUCUACCAAGGUGGAAAUGGAGUUUAUUAUACAAACAACAGUAUAGGGCUUUGUUUUGUUACUCUGGAUUUUAUUUUUCCUUUUUAAAGAAGGCUGUGGACUUUUUGUGUCCCUUUCUCAGGAUCAGAAAACAUAUUUUGGCAUUUUCUCAUUCGUUAUCCUUUCUUUUUCAAUUAUUAUCAUUUUAACAAUACUACCUUUUUGUUUUUUUUGCAAAACAAAUAUAGAAGGUUCUUAAAUGAUGUAUUUAACAUAUAAAAUGUCCCUCCACCUCUAUGGUGAACUUUAAAAUCUCAUGUUCUUAAACCGUGCCAAAGUCUUGUUAUGUCUUGAACUUUCUCAAAGCAUUACACUUGUGAAUGUAUUCCUUGUCCUAUAGGGUCAAAAGCUGUUGUUCGGUAAAUUUUCAGGAUGGGAGUGUGUGUUAAUUCACAGAUUGUGACCGUUUAGUAUACAGUUGCCUUUUGUAAGAACUUUUGUAAAUAUACCCAUGAUGCCAUAUUUAUCGUUUGUAAUUUAAUUAUUGAUACAAGUGCCGGGAACUGAACAAUAUUUAUGAAAAAAAAGUUUUCUAACAAAACUCUGUAUAGCUUUUGGUUAUAACUGCUUUAGCAUUAAAAUUUAUUGUUUUGAAAGAA